AUGUUUCAGGUGAGUUUCACAGGAUCUACAGAAGUUGGGAGGUUAGUGAUGGGAGCAGCAGCAGCAAGCAAUCUGAAGACUGUUUCAUUAGAAUUAGGAGGAAAAUCACCAUUAAUUAUCUUUAAUGAUGCUGAUAUUAAUGUGGCUGUGCAGAUUGCUUGGCAGGGUGGUUUCUUCAAUAAGGGAGAAAUGUGUGUUGCAGGAUCUAGGGUUUAUGUGCAGGAAGGGAUAUAUGAUGAAUUUUUGAAGAAGGUGACUGAAAAUGUAAAAGAAUGGGUGAUUGGAGACCCAUUUGAUACUAAGGUUCAUCAAGGGCCUCAGGUUGAUAGGGAGCAAUUUGAGAAGGUUCUAAGGUACAUAGAGGCAGGGAAGAGAGAGGGAGCUACACUAUUAAGAGGAGGAAAAGCUAUAGGUGAGAAAGGGUACUACAUAGAGCCCACCAUCUUUACUGAUGUCAAGGAGGAUAUGUCGAUUGCUAAAGAUGAAAUAUUUGGCCCGAUGAUAUGCGUCAUGAAGUUCAAGACAACUGAGGAAGCAAUUGAGAAGGCUAAUAGCACCAAGUAUGGACUAGCUGCGGGAGUGCUAACAAAUGACCUGAACAUAGCUACUCGAGUUAGCAGGUCGGUUCGUGCCGGGACGGUUUGGGUCAAUUGUUACCUGAUUGGUGAUAUUAAUGUUCCUUUUGGUGGGUUCAAAAUGAGUGGCUUCGGAAAGGAAUGUGGGCUCCAAGGAUUGGAUCACUUUCUCAAGGUCAAGUCUGUGAUUACUCCUAUUUAUAACUCUCCUUGGUUGUAA